AUGUUCACUUUUGGUGAGCAUGACGCAUCUCAGUUCCACAUAAAUGCAAAUCACAACGCAAAUGAAGGAAAUUCAGCUACAGAAAGAAGCGAAGCAAGCCCUUUAGAAGAAGAUGAAGAAAUCAAAGAAAUGUUUUCAGAUAAAUGCAGAAAAUUAUCCAUUCCUACGAUAUCACUCUACAUUAUUAUGUGCAUCCAUUCAAUUACUGCUGGCUUGGCUCUCGGAAUUUUGAAGAAAUUAGAUGGUGUUAUUGCAAUUCUAUGUGCUAUUGUUGGCCAUAAGCCCGUAGAAGCUUUUGCAAUAUCACUUGUAGUCAUAAAGGAACGUCCACACAAAUUUUUGUUUUGGCCAUUGAUUAUUUUUUACACUCUCAUGACUCCUCUUGGCAUUAUUGUAGGUAUUCUUGUUGUAGAAUUCGUACAGAACAAUCUUGCGCUUGGAAUUGUCAGCGCAUUUUCUGCCGGAACAUUUUUAUUUGUAGGAGCUUAUGAAUGGUCAUACAUGGUCGCUGAUAAAGGACAAUUAGCAAACUGUGAAAAACUUUGGCAUUUCCUAAUGUUUUUCAUCGGAGUUGUUUGGAUGCUUUUAAUCGCAUUAGUUGAGACAUUAAGUCCUGAAGAAAACUAA